AUGCGGUUGUCCACGGUGUUUGAGUUGCUGCUUAUUUUUUUAUUGAUAGCCUUCGCGGCUUAUGGAAGAGUUAUCGAUCGAGAUGAAGCUACCAGUCUCAGAAGAGUCGCCAGAGCUGCUGAAGGAAGGGUGAAACAAGGAAAUUUGGGUGUGUCGAUUAUGUCACUCAAGCAAGCCACUGAAAAUCUUAAUAAUUAUUGUAAAUGUGAUAACGAUGUUUGUCAAUGUUGUCGCGAUUUUCAUAUUCCUGUUGUUGCACUUAAAGGACCAGGCUGCGCCUCUAUAAGGUACUUUGAGAAAGAUAAUUUGGAAUUUCAGUUGAGUUUCGGUGAUAAUCUUUUGUCAAGCACAGUUGUUAAUGGUAAAAAAUCUCGAACAAUUUGCGUACCGAUGCCUGGUGGUUUCUCCAAAUUCUGCGGAAGAAUAUACUCAAUUCAACGGACAUCAGACAGUAAUUUCAAAGCAUGUCUCGGUUUAGAAUUACAAUCAACUCCGCCGCCUCUUACUGUUCUUCCACUUAUCAACAAACCAACUCGUAGACCGAUUGUUGCUCAUCCAACCACUAAAGCUCCUAAAGUUCAAGCCGAAACUUCGACUACUGAAGCACCGAUCGUCGAAAUUGUUGGUCCCUUUGGUUUCAAUGCUGAAAGUUCAACGGAGGUUUCUUUGAAAAACGGAACUGAAGUCGCGGAAGAAGAAACUACUGAAGCUAUCACCGAAUCUUCAGUAGCUUUAGAAGUAGAGUCCAGCACAGAUGUCUCUGAAAUGAGUGAUUCUAACAAGACAGAAGCAGUACUUGAAGCUGCUGCGUCUGAUGAUAACAAACAAGUUGUCAAAGUGGAAAAAGUGCCAGUAAUUAAAAAAAUAAUUGUCGGGGUUACUGAUAAGAAGAGUAGUAUCACUUCAAACAGCAUUAUUGGCGACGAUGAUGAUGAUGAAGAUGAUAAGAAGAAAAAGAAGAAAAACAAAAAUUUAUCGACUACUGAAGCUUCUAAAAAAGACGAAUACAGCAUCAGCGAUAUUUUGAACAGAAAAAUUACCAGGCGUGGAAGACAAAGCAAGGUUAUGAGGCUGUAA